AUGGUUUAUGAUGACAAUUUAGGACAAGAAGGAAUUAUGCCGACCGACCUAUGGACAACCGAUAAUCCAGCCGAGAAUGUUACAUUCAGCGCAAUCGACGAUGAAUUCCAAAACAAUACAACGACUGACCCGAUUGAAGACAAAGCGAUUCAAGCAGCUUUCUGUACAGCAUACACCAUUAUUUUCGUAGUAGGAAUCUUUGGGAACGCGCUAGUAUGUUACGCGGUGAUCAGGAACAGAGCUAUGCAAACCGUCACUAAUCUCUUCAUCACGAACCUCGCACUGUCCGACAUAUUACUCUGCGUAUUUGCAGUACCAUUUACACCACUUUACACUUUCCUCGGUAGAUGGGUAUUCGGUGGACCUCUGUGCCAUAUUAUGCCUUAUGCACAAGGAUGCAGCGUCUAUAUUUCAACAUUAACUUUAACUUCAAUAGCUAUAGAUAGAUUCUUCGUCAUCAUAUAUCCUUUCAAACCUCGCAUGAAGAUCCAAACCUGUAUUUGUUUGAUUGUGUUCAUCUGGGUGUUCUCUCUGUCUGUGACCUUCCCUUAUGGAUAUUACAUGGCCCUCCAAGAUGUGUACUGCGCAGAAAAAUGGCCGUCAGAUCAAAUCCGCAAGGCCUUUGGCGCAGUCACUACAAUAAUGCAGUUUGUAGUCCCCUUCAUUGUUAUGGCGUUUUGCUAUACAUGUGUUAGUAUAAAAUUGAAUGAUAGACUAAAGUCAAGACCUGGGAGUAAGAAUAGUAAGAAGGAAGACGCAGAAAGAGAAAGAAAGAGACGAACAAACAGAAUGUUGAUAGCGAUGGUGGCCAUUUUCGGGUUGUCGUGGCUGCCGCUGAACCUAAUUAAUAUAAGUAGUGACUUUUAUUCAUUGGCAGAAGACUGGAGGUAUUACAUGGUGUUAUUUUUCGUUGCGCACUUCAUAGCCAUGUCUUCCACUUGUUACAACCCGUUCCUCUACGCGUGGUUGAACGAGAACUUCAGAAAGGAGUUCAUGCAGAUACUGCCGUGUUUAGGAGCAUUGGUCACUAAGAGGGCUAAGAGGAAAUUCAACCAAUCAGAGAGGACAGGUAUGUUUCGCUCAGAGAAAACUUGUAAUGGUAACGAUACCGUGCAAGAAUCACUCUUAACUUCCACGGUUAGUAAGAUCCCCUCAGUUAGAUAUAAAAUAGAAUUCAAUGAUAAAUUAAAGGUGUAUGAAGAUGAUGGGGUAGAGAAUAUAAGUCCAGAUGAGAAGCCAGAGGACAACCCGAGUCCUAACGAAGACUGUGUUAAUAUGUAUAUGUUUGUAGAUAAAACUGUAAAUACUUCGGAUAAGGAACCUAUCGUGUCUGCGCUGUAA